AUGGUUCCCAGGUUACCGCUUGAUUUGCAACAAGUUGUAUGCAAGUAUGCAAUCGCUAUCAAUGGCAACAAGUUUGUAAAAGUUGCAAUUACGGUGAAUAAAACCUGGGCUUAUUUCGCAUGUCAAUUGUUGUACAGACAUUAUCGUAUCAAAAACUACUUGACUUUUAUCAGUUUUGUCAAGACGGUUACAAGUUGCAAUUCCAUUCUACCGUAUGGAAGCUUCAUUAGGUCUAUUGAUUUGACUCCAGUAAACAAGUAUGGUAUUGAUAUGCGAGCAUCGAAGCUUGUCAAGUGCUGCCCAAAUAUUGUGGAAAUGACGCUAGGACAUCCAACUACAUUGAAAACGGAAACUAUCCGAGAAAUCACUAAAUACAAUACUAGGCUGCAUACACUGUGCAUGGGUGGUAUUGAUUCCUAUCCAUUCAUGCUGGAUUGUGAUUUUUCUGGCCUUGCACAAUUACAGCAUGUGACACUGAAGACAACACCACUCCUGGCGUCUGCAUUUAUGACUCUACCGCCGAGAAAGCUCAAGUCAAUGAACUUGGUCCAGAUGGACGCAGUAACUCAUCAAGAAUUGCUCGACUUUUGUCAAACCCAUCCCAGAUUACAAUGCUUGACAAUCUCCAAUUGCAGAGAUUUACUCACGCUGGAGCUAGGAAAUACAUUAGCAAAGCUGCUGACACCACAUCAUCCAGCAGCUUGCUUGGAAUUAAGGACCAUUGAAUUGGAGGGACAGCAGAUUAAUGACCAAACUCUGUUUGACUUUUUCAAUAAUGUACCCAGAGGAACCAAGUUGAGGAAGUUGAAGCUGACGGAUACAUCUAUUACUGCAGAUUUCAUCAAGCCAAUCUUAUACCAUGACAGCAGCAUCUCACUUCAAAUUGGGCAAAUUGAGCUGCAAAAAAAUCGCUAUUUAUUAUAA